GUGUUCGCACAUCUGUUCCUGAACCCACAAUACAAGAACCAGAGCAAAGCACUAGUAAUUUAGCUUCAGACCGUGGUUGCAUUAACUGAUAAUAUGGAGACACCUUAUCAAAAUCAUAUAAAUAAAACUGACUUUGAUCAUGUUUAUGAACCAGCUGAAGACAGUUUUCUACUCAUAGAUGCACUAGAAAAAGAUUUACCCUAUCUUAAGGCAAAGAAACCUACAUUUUGCCUAGAAGUUGGUUCAGGCAGUGGAGUUGUCAUAACAGCAUUUGGAAUGGCCUUCCCUAACUCAUUUUGUUUUUGUACAGAUAUAAACUUUAAAGCCUGUGAAAUGUCUCUAAGCACUGCUCUUCAAAACAAAGUAUUACUUGACACUAUCAAUAUGGAUUUGGUUUCCUGUUUUAUCAAUAAUAAAUUUGAUAUUGUUAUAUUUAAUCCUCCAUAUGUGGUGACAGAGCCUGCAGAAUGUGGGGGAUGUGGGAUAGAAGCAAGUUGGGCAGGAGGAGAGAAAGGCAGAGAAGUAACGGAUAGGCUACUAGAUAUCAUACCAAAGAUUCUGUCUCCCGAUGGCACAUUCUACCUCUUGCUUAUUAAAGAAAACAUUCCACUUGAAGUCAUUCAAAUCAUGUCCAAAUAUGGUUUCAAAUCAGAGACUAUUAUUACAAGGCAAGUGAGAAAUGAGCAGCAAAUAGUCCUUAAAUUUCAUAGAUAAAAAAAAAAAAAAAAUUUGACAAUGGAUAUGAUCAACUGUAAUAGUUUUAAGUACAUAUAAUAAUUAAUAUAUUUGUAAACUUUAUUUCAAGUUCUUCUUGACAAUAGAUGCAAAACUCUUAGCA